AUGCAGUUUGAUCAUUCAAGAGGCAAUCAGAGAUUUGCUAAACAUACUGGUUCUUCGAAACUGCACCAAUCAAAGACUAAUACCAAUCGUCAUUCGAGUAUUGACACACCUUCCUCAAAUGGUGGGGCGGGAGUGCAUAUAGAGAUGACGGGUUCUGUAGGCGUGCAAGUAACCGAGCCACACAUGACACAUGCAAUGCAUCAUUCAAUAUCUACUACACAGGCAUCUUUACAGUCAUUUGUAGCAUUUCCAGGAACAUAUGCAGAAAUGGAAUUAUUGGAUGCAGUGGUCGAUUCACCUCAGUCGAUAGCAAAAGGAUUGCAGGUAAUACGUGAUGUGACCCAAAUACAAUCUACGCACAACUUUUCCGAUCCAGCUACUUUGGUGAAUCAGACGCAGUCCAGCAAUACUAGUGGUUCUUUAGGUACUAAAGAUCUGUUUGAUUCUCUAUACACUGGUCACCACCUUCACCGAGUGGGGUUGUCCCCGGUUUCUGCUGAACUUCCAGCAGAUCAUUCCCAGCAGCUGGUGCCAAUGAAUCUCUUUGAUGGUUCACAUACACCACCAUCAUGCCAACAGUCAACCCAGUCAUUGGUGCAAAAACAGUCAUCCUUCUCAACACCAAUUUUUUCAUCGUGUCCGUUAUGGGAGCCCCAAAUAAGUUUUGAAUCUCUUUUGGUACACCCUCUGCCCGAAGUACACCCCACAUGGUCUACUUUGUCACCUCAAGACUCUUCUUUGUUGUUUGAGCCAUUGGCACAGCCAAUUUUACCUUAUUCUCCUACUUCUGUCUGCAGUACCCCGAUUAUGCCUGUUGAUGCUAUGUCUAUUAUACCUAUACUUGCCAACAAAUCUACUAAACCCAAAACAAUACUGAGCACUCUUGUAGAGCCUAUAACCAAUAUACCGAUAAAAGCAUUGCAAUUUAAAUCCAACUAUCAAGACACUUUACCAAUUCUUUGCAAUCAAGAACCACUAGCAAUAGAUCCGUUUGAUUUGUCAUCCCCUGUUGAUGUGCUUCAACAUUCUCUGUGUGCUCCUGCUCUUCAAAUACCCGACUAUCUCUCUGCAUACAUUUCUGAUCCUGAAAGCAGUACCAUUGCACUGGAUAUUACCCAUGAAACUAUUUCCCAAUCACCUAUUCCAAACCCCAUCAUUAGUGGUAUUUCGGAGCGUUCGUUGCGAUUUCAGCAUAAACAACUCGACUUUCCAUCUGAACAACUUGCCAAACCAGCCGCAGAACUCUCGCCCAAUUCACCCAUCUCAUCCAAUAUAGCAGAUCAAGAAAUUAAACGCUCCCAGCUACAUGAAUUGACUUCCAGUAGACAUUAUCACUCCAUUUCAAAGAUGGAACUGACUGAUGCCGAUCUCAAGCGAGCACGAAACCGUGUUGCAGCCCGUCGAUCUCGCGAACGAAAAAACUCGCGAAUCAUUGAACUAGAACAUAUCAAUCAAACACUAGUGGAUGAGCUUGAGCAAAUGCGUAGAGUCUUUGAAACUACCCGAAGGAAAAACAGCAGUACUAGUGGAGGUCACGGAAAUGCUGCUAAUAGAAAACACGAUCAAGGCAACGACAAGACAAACGGUCAUGGACGGACGAAUGGAAAUAGCAAAGUAGUUGGAGAUGAUCGAGCUGCGUGA